AUGGGUGCUGCUUUUGCUUUACAGUCUGGCCAAAAAGUUAUUUCUUUAUUGUUUUCUGUUGUAUUAGAUACUUCUUGCUAUCCAAGUCAAGAUUCCAGUGAUCUGUAUGAUGAGGACACUGUCAAAAACACAGGACACAUUGAGGAAGCAAUUAAGUGGAUAUUGAGAUAUCUUAAAGGUUCUUCGAAUGUGAUAUUAAUAGAAGGAGAUCAACUGCGGGCUACAUCUUUACUCUUGCAGGAGUUCUCUUCAACUGAAGCUUCAGGAUGGAGAACGGUAGGGAAAAGUAGAGCUACUAGUAUGUACAAGGUUUUGGUUAGUGUCUCUUGUUUCCUACACGGAGUUAGCUCACGUAGGCUUAGAGAUAUUGGACUGAAUGAUGUUCAUAUGGAAGCUCGAAAUUCAUCUCAAGGUGGAGAUUGUGAAUUUGAGAAGAUAUUUAAGGAGACUGCGAACAGAAGGAAUGAUGACAUUGUUCGAGCGUUGGUGGAACAAAUCCGAGAAGCUGCUGAAGAGGCGGAGGAUGCCAUUGACACGUACAUGGUCAAGAGCUUAAGGCAGCAGCAGCAGCAGAACUUCAUCGAGAAUAUCUAUCAUGGUGCUGGCCAUAUAGGAACCAUCAACAAAGUUGUGAAAAAGAUUGGGCGCAUCAAGAAGCGGAUCGAAGACAUCCAUCGGAACAGAGAGCAACUAGGCAUCGACUUGUCCGAAAAUGUCGAUGAUUCUCAGUUAAUAGCCGAGCUGAGAAGGCGCAGAAUUGAAGUAGAAGAGGUGGACGUGGUGGGGUUCAACCACUAUGCCCAGCAACUAGUCCAUCUCCUGCUAGAUGAAAGGAAGUUUGAUGUUAUUUCCAUCAACGGCAUGGGUGGUCUGGGCAAGACUACUCUUGCUUUAAAGGUCUUCAAAGACCCCCAAUUGAGACAUAAUUUCUCCGGUCUCGCAUGGCAUUAUGGUUCUCAAGAAUAUAGCAUCAGAGAUCUUGUACUUGAUCUUUUGGCACAGGUUAACGAUUGGGAGAAUUUAAGGGCAUGUUUUCCAGACGACAGGAAUGGAAGCAAGAUUCUAUUGACUAGCCGCAACAUCGACGUCGCAACAUAUGCAAGCUCUACACAGCCAUUUCAUCUGCCACCCAUGGAAGAAGCAGAAAGUUGGAAACUCUUCUCCGGGAGGGUUUUUCAAGGUAGAAAUUUCCCAGAGGAUAUGGUGGAGCUAGGAAGGAGAAUGUGCAAAGAUUGCAACGGCUUACCACUGGCGAUUUUGACACUAGCAGGUGUCCUCUUAACAAAGAAAACGUUGCGUUCGUGGUCCAAUAUAGUUGAACACGUAAAUUGGCACCUUGUCAAGGAUCCCACCAGAUGCUUGGACAUCCUAUCCCUAAGCUAUGGUGACCUACCACCUCACUUAAAAUCAUGUUUUCUGUACUUUGGUGUUUACCCAGAGGGAUUUACGAUCCCUGCCAAGCAGAUAAUGCAACUGUGGAUAGCUGAGGGCUUUGUACAAAAUGAAAAUUAUAGGACGAUGGAAGAUCUGGCAGAGGAUUACUUGGAAGAACUCAUUGCUCGAAGUCUAGUCCAAGUGGUCAGUAGAGCGAGAGAUGGUGGGGUCAAAACUUGUUAA